AGCAAAUUGUUCACAGCACACCCACCCUGAAUACUGGAACUAUGCCGCGGGGCCGGCCUCGCAAACAGAGAGUUAAAAGCAGCGACGAAACAGAUGCAGAUCCCAGUGAAACUAAAGCCGACAGCGAUGGAGAGCUUAAGGACAAGAAGUGCACCAUAUGUUCCCAGAACUUCACCACUGAGAGCCAGCUGCAGAAGCAUCUCCGAGAACAUGAAGUCAACGACAAGCCUCACCGGUGCGACCAGUGCUCCCAGACGUUUAACGUGGAGUUCAACCUCACGCUCCACAGGUCCACUCACACCACCUCUGACUUCACCUGCCCCGUCUGCCAUAAGAAGUUCUCCCGCAUCGCCAGCCUCAAAUCCCACGUCAUGCUACAUGAAAAAGAGGAGAAUUUGAUCUGUGCAGAGUGUGGAGAUGAGUUUGUUCUCCAGAGCCAGCUGUCUCUGCAUUUAGAAGAACACCGUAAGGAGCUGUCAGGCAUCAAGGUCUACACCUGCAAGACCUGCAACGAGGAGCUGAAGACGGCCGCGCAUCUGAAGGAGCACAUGAAGACUCACAUUAAGAUGAGGCCACUCCCCUCUAGUUCCAGAAACUACAAGAAGAACAUUGAUCGCAGUGGGUUCACAAACAGCUGCCAUCACUGUGGAAAGGCGUUCAAGAAGCCCAGCCAACUGGUCCGACACAUAAGAAUACACACAGGUGAGCGGCCGUUCAAGUGCACACAUUGUGGGAAGGCGUUCAACCAGAAGGUGGUGCUGCAGACCCACAUGGUGAGACACACCGGAGAGAAACCUCACCUCUGCAUGUUCUGCCCGGCCUCGUUCUCCCAGAAGGGGAACCUGCAUUCCCACGUCCAGAGGGUUCACUCUGAGGUCAAAGGUGUUCCUCUGUUCCCGUGCAUGGACUGCAGCUGUGUGUUCAAAAAACUGGGCAGUUUGAACGCACACAUCAGUAAAAUGCACAUCUCUGUGAUCGAGGUUCCCUCCAGCACGUCGGAAACGGAGGCGGUGGGUCAGACCCCCGGGGGUCCAGAGGGCGGGGAGGGGGUUACAGACGUCAUCCAGCAGCUUCUGGAGCUCAGCGCGGAGACCACCCAGCCUCAGCCUCCAGAACCCAUCGCCAUGGAAACCGCCAUCAAUCAAGAUAUCCUGCAGCAAGCUCUGGAGAACAGCGGGCUGAGUGUGGUUCAGCCGGGAGACCACGCCACCCCGACGACCCCGAACCAGACCACAGAACACAGCACCGCCGUGGAACACAAGAAGGUUCAUGGACCCGACAAGAUGGUCAAGGAGAAGAAACGGAGCAUCUAAAAGCCCAUCCAGAUGCCAGGCUCCAUCCGGGAAGAGAACGGUGUCCGGUGGCAUGGCUGUCCGUACUGCUCUAAGGAGUUCAAGAAACCCAGUGACCUGGUUCGCCACAUCCGCAUCCACACACACGAGAAGCCUUUCAAGUGUAAGCAGUGCUUCAGAGCGUUUGCGGUGAAGAGCACCCUCACGGCACACAUGAAAACACACACGGGAAUCAAGGCCUUCGAGUGUCAGUGCUGCCUCAAGUGUUUCUCCACUUCUGGAAGCAUGAAGGUCCACAUGCGUCUGCACACAGGCGUGCGUCCUUUUCCCUGCCCCCACUGUGAUAAGAUCUUCCGUACGUCAGGCCACAGGAAAACACACAUCGCAUCUCACUUCAAAAGUUUACAGCAGAAGAAACACAAGUUCCCUCGGAAAACCAACAAAGCCAAAGUGUCCAAGAGUACCCUCCCUGUUUCCGACAUCCCCCUGCAGGAGCCCAUCCUCAUCACUGACUUCGGCCUCAUCCUGUCCCAGAACCCCCGUCUGGCUUUUCAGCAGUACCUGGACGUGGUGGGUAACGACCGGCCCUUCAAGUGUCAGUUCUGCAAUAAGGCCUACAAGAAGUCCAGCCAUCUGAAGCAGCACGUCAGGUCUCACACAGGAGAAAGGCCGUACAAAUGUCUGCAGUGCAGUCGUGGUUUCGCGUCCUCUGGCGUCCUCAAAGCUCACAUUCGGACCCACUCCGGCCUGAAGGCGUACAAGUGCCUGAUGUGCGACACCACGUUCACCACCAGUGGCAGCCUGAGGCGUCACAUGACCACCCACAGCGACCUGCGACCUUACAUGUGCCCCUACUGCCAGAAAACCUUCAAGUCGUCGCCAAACUGUAGGAAGCACAUGAAGACGCACAGGUAUGAACUGGCCCAGCAGCUGCAGCCCCAGUCCACUGAAGACCCCUUAGGGGGGGGGUCUGUGACACAUGACAUGCAGGUGGAGAUCGAAGGGGACUCUCUGCAGCAGCCGCCCGUGACCGCCGCUGAGCAGCAAGGCAUGCUGGGACUAGGCCAGACAGAGGUGGUGAACGGAGGGCAACAGGUGACGCUGGAGGCGCCGCUGACCGACCAACCUCUGGUCCAAACAGAAGACUCGUAUGUGACUACCCAGCAUGCUUUGCCUCAGAACAUCAGUCAGUUUGAGACGCCGUCGCUGCCUCAGCCUGGCUUUGAUCAACAGACGCUCACACAAGGCUUCACCAUCGCUGAAUCCAGCUACAAUCAGAACCAGUUCUCCACGGUCCAGCAGCUGCAGGAUUCCAGCACCUUGGAGUCCCAGGCCUUGUCCUCCAGUUACCACCCCCCAAACCUGCUGCAUGUUCCCACUGCUGAGGUGACCAAUGGGCUUCUGCAGCAGAACAGUCAGACUGAACUCCAGCUGACGGAGACUCAGGACUACCAGGACGACAGCGAAGACAACAGCAAGAGAGCACACAGGUGCACUUGGUGUAACAAAGGCUUUAAGAAGUCCAGCCACCUGAAGCAGCAUGUGCGCUCUCACACUGGGGAGAAACCCUUCAGGUGUCACCUGUGUGGGCGGGCCUUCGUAUCGGCCGGGGUGCUCAAAUCCCACCUGAACACUCAUACAGGAGUGAAGCCGUUCAAGUGUAACGUGUGCGACGCCUCUUUCACCACCAACGGCAGCUUAAACCGUCACAUGAUCAUCCACGUCAAGUCCAUCAAAUGCUCCAUGUGUGACGAGAGUUUCAGGACGACACUGUUGUGUAAAAAACACAUGAAGAAGGAACACUCUGUGGAACACCGCAUUAUAGGCCUAGAAAGUCAGGAUGUGGAGGAAGACGAUGAGGACGAGGAGAGCGACCAGAAGUUGUCGAAGAGGCGGGGCCUGGAGAUCAUCACGUUCACCGAGGAGCAGGCGGCCGAGCUGGCCAAGGAUCCGGGAGAAGAGGCGUCGGUGUCGGAGCGGAUCCUGGCCCAAUCGGCGGCUGAGAGGGACCGGAUCAGCGAGAUCAAAGACAAGGCCGUGGAGCUGGAAACAGAACCCAAGUUCGCAAACUGCUGCAGCUUCUGCCCCAAGAGCUUCAAGAAGCCCAGCGACCUGGUCCGGCACAUUCGUAUCCAUACGGGAGAGAGACCAUACAAGUGUGAUGAAUGUGGGAAAAGCUUCACGGUGAAGUCGACUCUGGACUGUCACGUGAAAACACACACAGGGCAGAAACUGUUCAGCUGUCACAUGUGCAACACCUCCUUCUCCACCAAAGGCAGUUUAAAGGUGCACAUGCGCCUCCACACCGGCUCUAAACCCUUCAAAUGUCCCUUCUGUGACCUCCGCUUCAGAACCUCUGGACACCGGAAAACGCACAUCCAGUGUCACUUCCGGCCCAACAGCGACCGUAAAUCCAAGCGGCCCGGCUCGUCUGCGGCUCAGGCCGGUCCAGGUCAGGAUCCAGGUCAGGGGGCGGGACCGGCUGUGGCGCCAGGGCAGGGCCAGUCGGCGUCGGCGGCAUCAGAGGGGCUUCAGCCCGUGGGUCUGUUACAAACGCCCAGCUCCGACUCCGGCAUUUACCUACCGGCAAACCAAGUCCUGACCGGGUUGGACCAGAACCUGCUGCAGCCGGGGCUGGUGGGUCAAGCCAUCCUGCCCGCCUCCAUGUCAGCUGCUGGAGACCUGACGGUGUCUCUGUCGGAUGGUUUAACCACGUUGGAGGGCAUCCACCUGCAGCUGACCCCGGCCAACCUGGUCUGCCCCAACGUCCAGAUCUCAGGCAUCGACCCCAGCAACAUCAACAACAUCACACUACAGAUCGAUCACACCCUUCUCCAACAGACCCUCCAGCAGGGCGGCCUCCUCUCUCAGCCCCUCAACGUCGACGCCGGCCUGGUUUCCCACUCCAGCGGCCAGCUGAUGUCCGGCGCCGACCCCUCGGUGUCUGCUAACGUGGUCAUUCACCCCCUGACCAGCCUGGCCCUGCAGCCCUCCACCAUCGCUCCUGCUCAGGUCACCAUGGCCGGCCUCUCAGAGCCGGAUCCUGCAGGUUCUCAGGACCUAAGCCACGUCAUGGGCAGCUCCGGCCUGGUGUCCGCAGGAAGCAACGGCCAAGAAAUCACCUUCACCAUCAAUAAUUCCAGCCUGACACAAGCUCUGGCCCAAGUCCAGGCCCAGGCGUCUGCAGCCGGUUCCAACAGUGUAGCAGGGAACCCCCAGGAGAUCACACUCACCAUAUCAGGUCAGGAUCUUCUGCCCCAGCAUAAUAACCCCAGCGGUGCAGAGAUGAAUGGCAGCAUCCGUCUGGCGUCGCCGCUCAAUAAUCAGCCCACCAGCGCCACCCUGACCAUCACUAACGACCACCUCCUACCUCAGAGCCCUGCCAACACCGGGAUGGCAGUCACCAGUCUACCAUCCAGCACGGCGCUGUCCCAUUCUGCAGCAUCCCAGAGCCUGGUGAUGUCACCGGGGGGCGUGGCCAGUGACGGCAGCGUGACGCUAACGUUGGCAGAUGCUCAGGGCAUGUUAGACGGUGUCACGCUUAACCUCAACGCUCAGGGUCAGACGUUUCCCGCGGUGCUGAAUGAAUCUACGUUGCCAGGACAACCAGCCAACUCAGGCCAGCAGGUCAUACUGGUCAGCCAUCACUCCCAGUCCACCAACGGAGCAUCGGACACUGGAUUUAACAUUGACGACGGCCAUAAGGCUGAUAAAGACGGUCCGGUGGAGACGGACACCCGGAACCAGUGCUACUACUGUAACCAGGUCUGCCAGAACGCAAACACUCUGCGCCGACACUGUCGACAAGCCCACGGCAAAGACCGCUGUCAUGUCUGCAGCCUCUGCAACAAAGCCUUUAAACGAGCAACGCACCUGAAGGAACAUGAGCGCGUCCACCAGCCGGGCCCGUCACCCAGUUCCCAGAAGCCCCGGGUGUUCAGCUGCUCCUCCUGUGUGAAGGCGUUCGCCAAGCGUAGCCAGUUGGAAAGACACAACCGAACACACACAGGUGAACGCCCGUUUAAAUGCAGCCAAUGCGACAAAGCCUUCAACCAGAAGAGCGCUCUGCAGGUUCACAUGGUCAAACACACCGGGAAGAAGCCCUUCAAGUGUGAGGUGUGCAGCAUCCGCUUCACCCAGAAGAGCAACAUGAAGCACCACAUGAAGAGGUCCCACGGCUACGGUGAGUCCCAGAACCAGAACCCCCUAGAACCCCUUAGAACCCAAACCCUUAAGUAUCAGAGGAACAACAUGAAGAGGGCCCACGGCUACAGUGAGUCCCAGAACCCCCUAGAACCCCUUAGAACCCAGACCCUUAAGUAUCAGAAGAACAACAUGAAGAGGUCCCAUGGCUACGGGGAGUCCCAGAACCCCCUAGAACCCCCUAGAACCCCUUAG